AUGGUAGGUAUAAUAUCAACAGUGAUAUUUAUUGUGAUAUUGCUAUUUUCAUACACACAAAAUUAUCCAAAUGCCAUCAAAUACAGUUACUACUUUAACCUGGAGAUUCAAACAUUCAUUAAUAACAGAUAUGCAUAUGCACCCGUUAAGUCUGUGAAUGAUAAGAUUGAUUAUUGUAUUCAAGAGAUGGAUUUUUUGGUGAAAUGUACAUCAAUAUUUCUAAUUGUAUCAGUAACGAUGCUUAUUAUCACAUACAUAUUCACAAGAGUGAUGGUUUAUAUAAAGAUAAGUAAGGCACCACCAGUUAAACCAACUAUACAAAGUUAUAGACAUGCAGCAAUGGAUACUGGUACAUUGGCUAAUAUUAAGGUAGUGGAAAGUGAUAUAAAUUAG